AUGAAUCCUAUCACCAGUCCUGUUGCGAGAUACAACACCCAUCAAGGCACCAACCCUAUUGCCAGAUACAGCACACGCAGUGUCACCAGUCCUGCUGCCAGAUUCAGCACACGCAGUGUCACCAGUCCUGCUGCCGGAUUCAGCACACGCAGGGUCACCAGUCUUGCUGCUGGAUACAACACACAUCCUGUCAACAGUCCUGCUGCCAGAUUCAGCACACGCAGUGUCACCAGUCCUGCUGCCAGAUUCAGCACACGCAGUGUCACCAGUCCUGCUGCCGGAUUCAGCACACGCAGUGUCACCAGUCCUGCUGCUGGAUACAACACACAUCCUGUCAACAGUUUUGCUGCCGGAUUCAGCACACGCAGUGUCACCAGUCCUGCUGCUGGAUACAACACACAUCCUGUCAACAGUUUUGCUGCCGGAUUCAGCACACGCAGUGUCACCAGUCCUGCUGCUGGAUACAACACACAUCCUGUCAACAAUCUUGCUGCCAGAUUCAGCACACGCAGUGUCACCAGUCCUGCUGCCGGAUUCAACACACGCUGCGCCACCAGUCCUGCUGCCAGAUUCAGCACACACAGUGUCACCAGUCCUGCUGCUGGAUACAACACACAUCCUGUCAACAGUCUUGCUGCCAGAUUCAGCACACGCAGUGUCACCAGUCCUGCUGCCAGAUUCAGCACACGCAGUGUCACCAGUCCUGCUGCCAGAUUCAGCACACGCAGUGUCACCAGUCCUGCUGCCAGAUUCAGCACACGCAGUGUCACCAGUCCUGCUGCCAGAUUCAGCACACGCAGUGUCACCAGUCCUGCUGCCAGAUUCAGCACACGCAGUGUCACCAGUCCUGCUGCCAGAUUCAGCACACGCAGUGUCACCAGUCCUGCUGCCGGAUUCAGCACACGCAGUGUCACCAGUCCUGCUGCUGGAUACAACACACAUCCUGUCAACAGUUUUGCUGCCGGAUUCAGCACACGCAGUGUCACCAGUCUUGCUGCUGGAUACAACACACAUCCUGUCAACAGUCUUGCUGCCGGAUUCAGCACACGCAGUGUCACCAGUCCUGCUGCCAGAUUCAGCACACGCAGUGUCGCCAGUCCUGCUGCCGGAUUCAGCACACGCAGUGUCACCAGUCCUGCUGCUGGAUACAACACACAUCCUGUCAACAGUUUUGCUGCCGGAUUCAGCACACGCAGUGUCACCAGUCCUGCUGCUGGAUACAACACACAUCCUGUCAACAGUUUUGCUGCCGGAUUCAGCACACGCAGUGUCAACAGUCCUGCUGCUGGAUACAACACACAUCCUGUCAACAGUCUUGCUGCCAGAUUCAGCACACGCAGUGUCACCAGUCCUGCUGCCGGAUUCAGCACACGCUGCGCCACCAGUCCUGCUGCCAGAUACAACACGCGUUCUGUCACCAGUCCUGCUGCCAGCUACAACAUGAUUCGCGUCGCAAGAUUCUGA